CCAAUUAGCAACACUGUUUCAAAGUUAAAGAUUAUAAAGGCAAUCCGUAAUAAACAAAGCAAUUGCGAUAAAUAAGUAAAUAAAUAUUUUAAGCCGCAAUGGAAUACGUGCGUUCUAUUUGGACUUGCGUUGCUUCGAUUUGCACCUGCUGGCAAUGCAACGAAGACUUAGGCACACAGGGCAUAGAACCAACUGAGAGGACACACCUUCUAGCCGACACCGAGAAUCAUAGUCCAGCUUUGCGUAGAAGUAAUUCUGUUGACUUAAACAAUGAUUAUUCCCAGUCCCUGCCCAAGAAGGAUGAUCAGAAUGCAUUAUCUAGACUGGUGCAAAACACAGCCAUAAAUAUGAUUAACGUUAGUGCCAUGGACUGCCAAAAUCUUGAACAUCAAGAAUACACAGACAGAAUUAAGUUAUAUUCGCAGCGCAUGCAACAGAUAUGGAACAAUGUUCAGCAUCCUGGAGUCGCUACCAAAGGCCUUUUAAAAGAUGUUCCCAACCAUCAGUUUUAUGCUUCGAAACCAAUAUUUCUGGAAGAUACAAAUCAGAUGAAAUGGCUUAUUGAAAAAUCCCAUGGGGCAGUUUUGGAAAUCCAGAUUGACCAUAAGGAGUCAGUCGUUGUGCCAUUUCGUAUACCUUAAACACCCUUAAAAAAAAAACAAAACACAAAAAUUUCGACUUGUUUAAGAUAAAGUAACCUCUGGGAAAUCAGUUAACUGGCCUUAUUAUUAUAUUUAGUACCUACAUAAGUAUAACUAACAUAAAACUAUUGCUUUGAACAUUUAUAUCCAAAAGAAGUAUAUCAAUAUGUCUUUUGAUUUAAAUCAUAAGUACUGGAUAUCUACUAGAAAAGAUAUUGCACAACUAAUAAAAAAGCAGAAUCGUCUAAAAACAAUUGAA